AUGUCUGGAGAGCAAGACAAACAAUAUGUCAUUCCCAUGCAGCCCGCGGAUCUCGUCUAUGAAACGGACAGCAAUGUUCAGGUGCCCCCUGCAGGAAUGAUUUCACAAGACACGUGGUCGAGCCCAACUAGGACGGACUCCUUCCCCUCCUCCUCCUCCGGAAAGCUCUCCCUCAAGGUCCGCCCUGCCACCAUCGCAUGGACCGGCAUCACCUACGACGUCCGCGUCCGCCGCACCAGCCCCUCCUCCAACAAGUCCGAGCUCGUCACCAAGCGCAUCCUCGAUAACAUCUCCGGCAUCGUCCGGCCCGGCGAGAUGCUCGCCAUCUGCGGCCCCUCCGGCGGAGGCAAGACCACCCUCCUCGACGCCAUCGCCGGCAGGAUCGACGGCUCCAAGAAGGGCCGCACGCUCAAGGGCGAAGUCUUGGUCAACGGAGAUCGUCGCAACCAGGCCUUCAGCUCCAUCGCCUCCUACGUCCAGCAGGAGUACGCCCUCCAGACCCCCUUCACCGUCCGCGAGACCAUGUACUACGCCGCCGACCUCCUCAUCCCUCACUCCCAGUGCUCCCAGCACGAGCGCCGGGCUUACGCCGACAGCGUCAUCCACGUCCUCGGCCUCGACUCGUGCAGCAACACCAUCGUCGGCGAUGUCUUCAGGAAGGGCCUCAGCGGCGGUCAGCUCCGCCGCCUCUCCAUCGCGGUCGAGCUCGUGCGGAGCCCCUCCAUCCUCCUCCUCGACGAGCCCACGUCAGGCCUCGACUCGGCGGCUGCAGAGAACAUCAUGAAGCACCUCUCCUACCUCGCCAAGCUCGGCACCACCGUCGUCUGCACCAUCCACCAGCCGCCCUCGGAGGUCUGGGCGAGCUUCGACAAGUUCUGCCUCCUGUCCGAGGGCAAGUGCCUCUACUUCGGAUCCGCCAGAGACUCGGUGGAGUACUUCGGCAGGCUGGGGCACCCUUGCCCCUCCCUCUCCAACCCCGCUGACUUCUUCCUCCGCCUCGCCAACACCGACUUCGAAGGCCAUGCCGACGUCAGCGCGCUCGCCUCCGCCUUCACCAGCCAGCCCGAGGGCAUGUCGCUCAUCGCCGCCAUCGGCCAGCCGAUCGAGCACGAGGUGCUGGUGGCAGGCACGGCCAACGGCUUCUGGUCGCAGCUGCUCACCUUGUCUCAUCGCGCCUUCUUCAACAACGCUCGCAACCCCGGCAUCUUCCUCGUCCGCCUCAUCAUGUACGUCAUGCUGUGCGCGAUGAUCGGGUUCAUGUUCUGGAAGCUGGGCAUCGAGGCCUCGGACAUCAACAGCCGCAUCACCAUGCUCUUCUACGUGGCUGCGUUCCUGGUCUUCAUGUCGGUUGCCGUGCUGCCCUUCUUCAUCCUGGAGCGAGCGGUGUUUCUGCGAGAGCGAGCCAACGGCUGGUACAUGGUCCCCUCCUACGUGCUGGCGACGUUCCUCAUGUCGCUGCCGGGGCUCUUCAUCAUCUCGCUCAUCAGCACGGCCCUGGUCGUGCUCCCGUCGGGCCUCAACGGCUUCGGCAUCUUCCUGGCCGACCUCUUCCUCUCCCUCGUCGCCGCCGAGGCCUUCAUGUGCGUGGUGGCGUCGGUGGUGCCGCACUACAUCAUCGGCAUCGCGCUGGGGGCGGCGGUGUACGGCUUCUUCAUGCUGUGCGAGGGCUUCAUGAAGAUCAAGUCCGACAUCCCGGACUACUUCAUCUGGGGCUACUACAUCGCGUUCCACACCUACUCGUUCCGGGUGUUCAUGGUGAACGAGUUCGAGCCCAUCAAGCAUUUCAACAGCCUGCAGUACAGUGACGGGAAGGCGGUCUUGGACUUCUACGACAUGAGCGACAAGCCGGUGUACAAGGACCUGAGCAUCCUCGCGGGGUACGCGCUGGGGCUGCAGCUGAUCUUCGGGAUGAUCCUGCAGGUGUUUCACAAGGGGAAGCGGUAA